AUGGCAUCGAACUUAGCUCCGAAGAAGAGUUCGAGCCGUCUUGCUGCAGGCAUGGCUACGGAUGGCCCAGGACCUGUCAUCAUGGAUAGCGCCGACACGAUUUCAAACGACCGUCACAAUAAAACAUCCCAGGACGAAAACCGCUCAGAGAACAAUAGGGGAGCUUGCGGGCCCUGCAAUAACACCAUUGAACCUAUUCACCCUAUUGACCAGAACAAUAGGCGCGGAAUUCAUCCUCCCAUGACUUAUUCUGCAAAAGUCAAUACUACCUCUCAUAUCACACCUGCAGAACCAAGUGACAUGCCUGCUUCCACACCCAAUCUAUCUCAAAAUCCUGGCUGGAACCAACCUGUCAAUUUCUACAACUCCAACACCUUCAUGCAAUUGCCAACUUACUAUCCAGAAGCAAGCAUGGAGUCCGUCGUCCCCUUCGAUCCAACCUCGGAACCCCCGUUUACAGACCGCGCAAAAGCCUAUCUGCCUCGAGGUCACGGUGUGAUCAAGAUUAAGAAUAUUCCCUAUGGCCUCACCAUGGCAGAAGUGCAGCAGUUCAUCUGCAAACACGUCCACGUCGAAGACCUACUCAAACCGCAUGAAGAGGGUUUCCCCAUCCACAUCAUCAUGGAACGUUCCACUGGCAAGACCAUGGACGCUUAUGUUGAAACGAUUACUCCAGUGAUCGCAGCUCAAGCAUGGGAACAUGGCUUCGGUCUUGCUCGCAUGCGCCAUCCAAAACUCGGACAACGUCAUGUCACGGUCGAGCUAAGCGACCAGGCCGAGUUGAUGAGAGAUCUCUUCCCAAGAGCUCGCUGUGUCGUCUGGGAUAAGGAAGAGCCCGGCGUUCCACAUGUCAUACACACGAACGAUAUCUACACCUCUGGUUUCAAAGGCUUCUUCACUUCCGAAGAGAUGAAUGGUGUGAUUCGGCAUGCCGAAUACCCACAACGUUCCCCGUUCGCCAUGCGUAGCUUUCAACGUACUUUCGAGAGCACCAUCAGUACUCUGUACAAGUUUCCUUGGUAUGCUGUCGAGUUGUAUACCUUGGAGCAGCGCGACACUCUCUUUAAGACGUACACUCGCCAACUGGAGAUUCUGAUUCUGAAGGUUGAUCCAGGCACUCAAAUCCCUCGUGAAGUUGGACUCGACAACAAGUUGCUGAUGGACUUCUUGUUUGCUGGUAUGAACUGCGCUGGCUUUUCAGAGAGACAGAAGGCUACGAUCGCCGAUGCAUCUCUUCGAGUUGGCCCCGGAAUGCGCAUCAGCAUUCAUGCCCGCAACUGGCCAUUUCAGACUCUCUCUUCCAAUCCACCCUUGCUAUCCGAUCAAGAUGUCGGUAUGUGGUUUGAAGUCUUGAACCUGGGUGUUGCUGCGUUUGAGCGAGAAGGUCAACCAUUCAUUGGCGUCCGACCGCACCUUGAAGUCAUCCGUGACAACAGUGGUUAUCCUUUGUUCACCUACACCGAGUCUGGAGCCAACAUCCCUCGCAAGACAUUUUCCCGCAUGGAAAGCAAGGUAUUGACCACUCUGAUGCGCAAGGGUUGGUCGAACUACAUGAGUCAGCUUGGCAUUGCUCCAGGCUACGGGCUCGAUCCCAAAGUGUUUGGAGAUGACAUGCUUGAGCCAGCAUACGAUGCCGAACAUGACAUCUUCAAGGAUGAUGAUGAAACUCAGGAUAAUGAUACCCGUGUUGAGUACACUGACGAAGAACGCCUUCAGGCGUACCAGAAAGUGUUGGCAGAUAUCAAGAGAGAGGAGGGUGCGAUGCUCAUGGGACAAAUCGAUCGCUUCGCCAGUCGUGGCUAUGCAAAUCCUGAUUCAGGCCUUGCUGAAGACAUGGCAGCUUUGGACUUUGGCUCUUCUCGACCCAUGCACCAAGCUGCGCUCAAUCCCGAGUCAACUAGUUUCACACCAGGAGCCCAGCACUCGAACAUGGGUGGCGUACGCCGAUUUGGUCCGGCCCAGAACAUCAACCCACCGUACUUGCUCAACCCAACCCAAGGCAUCCGUCCGCCACAGGGUACCAUGGGUCUCCAGAGUGCGAAUAGUGGUCCAGUUCUGGGCUUGGCUACUGCUCAUACCUCUAUGCGUCGCGAUGUCAGCAUGACCACUUCGAUGAGCGACCCUGAGGACGCACCCUUACCAGCUCGAGUCUAUCCUCCGCCACAUGCAGAUGGCAGUCCGCCUCUGAGAAGAAUCACGACGAGAGUGGAAAACAAGGUCAAAACAGAAUCAUCGAUGGACAGCCCUCAACACCGUAGUGUGGCUCCGCCUGUAAGCUUUUCCCCUUUGCCAAACUUGCCGCCAACUCCUGCAGGAAUGGUUCACCCACUACCUGACAAGCCACCUGCCGUUGUCAUGCCAUCAAUCGGUCGACCGAAUGACCGUAACAAGAACAAUGGCGUUGUAUCUGGGUUGACCUUCGGCGUUCGUUCAGAUAUCGGUCGCAAUGGAUCACAGACUCGAGGUGGAGCUUCCAGCCGCGGACAACGUCUACCUACGGGCAUCAGUGGUAUGGGCGUGGGACUAACUAUGGGUGCUGGAAUCUAUGGCUCAGGCGCUUCAUCUCGUCGAUCCAGCGAAGGCUGUGGUAAUCCAUUUGGCAAUUCAGCGCUUGCAGCUGUUACUCGCGGUCGAUCUCCUGGUCAAUUUGAUGCCUCCAGCCGUUCCAGCGCUUCGACCCCGACCUCGGGCAUGGGCCUUGGAAUGGCUCGCUUGUCGCCGAUCGGAACCGAUCCAAACGACCUCAUGGUCCAGUCCGACCCUCUACGUGCCGGAGCCAAUGUCCGCCCUCAGUCACAGCUAAACAUCACUGAUGCUAUCGAUGAGGAAGGUGAAGAACAUGAGGUGGCUGAGAACGGCCCAGGUCGCAUGUUUCACUGA